CCCACUAAAGGAAUCAUAUUUUUACUUGAACUUAAGAGAUUGCUAUCAAAAUAAUAACUCAUUUUUUUAAACAGUUUUGUAGUAAUAGUAAACUUAUAAUGUUAUGGUUAUUAUUUUAGACAUAUCGAUAAUGUUUGACUGAAACUGCUGCUCGAAAGCUUAUAGCCUAUUCACAUUACAGUAUUUUUGAGAACGUGACGCAGUGUGAAUUGGUGUUCCACUUUUUCACCGUCUUCCCAUCGUUCCCCCAAAAAAUACUAAAAGGUGAAUAGGCUUUUAGAAUAUCUAAUACCACAGAGGAAUUGGUUUGGCGGCUGCACGUUGAAAAUCUUUUAGUUCAAUUAGACAGUAAUAUUAGUAAUUAGCCACUAAUAAAUUGAUCUCAGGACCCAAGCGCCAUAACUCAAACGAAAAACUCCGCUCCGGCUGAAAUUUUAUUGAAAUUGUCAGUUUGUGUGACGACAGCUCCCAAAAAGCAGAUUUAAAACAAGCAUUAGAAUCGAGUCGAGUUGCACUUGCGCUGACAGACAAUUCGCUGAAUUCUUGAACUCUUCUUAAGCAGACACCAAACCGAUACAAAAAACAACAACAACAACAACAAACCGACAAGUGCGAAAAAAAAAAGAAUUUCCCAAAUGGCACCAAAAAAAGGAAAAAAGCACGCCACCAAAACAGGCGGUCAUCAUCAGGGGGGCGUGGCCAGGAAUCCGCCCAUGGCGCUGGACUCCACCACCGAAGCGGGCCGCAAACGGAAGACCGCCAUUGCGGGCAACAUGGUGGAUCCCAACGACGCCGAGAAUAUGCAGAAGCGCUCCAAACCCAAGGCCGACGAUAGUCCCAUCAAAAAAUUCAAAGUCAAGCGCUCCGCUCUGGGUAACCUGACCAACAAUGCUAACAACAUGUCACUGCCGGGAGGCCAGGAUGAGCAGCAAUCGGAGCAGCAAUCGGAGCAGCCGUCGGAGCAGCAGCUGGAGCAGCAGGUGGAGCAGCAUUCGGAGCAGCCGGCCAAGAAAUCCAAGGCUAUGAAACGGGGUAUUAAAAUGAAAGCAAAGAAACAGAAGAAUCCCAUUGUCACCGACAACGGGAGGAAAACACGCGAAUCCAACAAAAAGGAGAAUUCGGAGGAGUAUUCGGUGGAGCAUUCGGUGGAGCAUGGCCACAAGGUGGGCAAGGUGGACAAGCUGGAGGAGGCCUUGGCCAGGCCCAAGCGGCGUCCCAAGCGGCCCAAGGCAGUGCCCCCCGCCAAGAAGUCGGCUGUGGGCGAGCAACUGUUAUCCAUACCAUCCAAACCAUUCAUGCCAUCCAUGCCAUCCAGACCAUCCAAACCAUCCAUGCCAUCCAUACCAUUCAUACUAUCCAUACCAUCCAAACCAUCCAUGCCGUCCAUGCCAUCCAUUCCAUCCAUUCCGGCGGUGCCACCGAAUGUGGAGGACUUUGACCGCAAGCACUGGGACGAUCCGUUGCAGGUGUCGACCUACGCAAUGGACAUAUUUGAGUACCUGAAGGGGCGCGAACCGAUGUUCCCCAUUGUUGACUAUAUGCCGCGACAGAUCCACCUGACCGCCGGGAUACGCACCAUACUGGUCGACUGGAUGGUGGUUGUGCAGCAGAGCUUCGAGUUCAACGACGAGACUCUGUAUCUGGCAAUGAAGAUCGUCGAUCUGUAUCUGAGCCGUAAGGUGAUCAAGAAGGAUCAGAUUCAGCUCCUGGGCGUGGCUGCCUACCUCAUUGCCUGCAAAUAUGACGAGUGGCAGCCGCCGUCGUUGAUCCGCGACUUUCUGUACUUAAGCAACGCGUCCUACAACUACGACCAAGUUGUGCAGAUGGAACUCGAGACGCUUCGCACGAUCGAGUUUGAACUGGGCGUACCGCUCGCCUGCCGCUUCCUGCGCCGCUACGCCAGCUGCGCCGAGGUGCCAGUGCCCACAUUGACCCUGGCGAACUACAUUCUGGCGAUGGCGCUGAUGGACUAUGCCACCAUUGCCUUCCGCGACUCGCAGAUGGCCUGCGCCGUCCUCUUCAUGGCCCUGCGCAUGAGCGGCGGCUCCAAGCAGCGGGGCCCGGCCUCGAACACCUGGAGCCCCACACUCGUCCACUACAGCGGCUACCAGCUGGCCGAGUUCGCCAGAAUUGUACCCGUGCUGAAUGCCGGACUGCACCGCAAUCAGCCGCCCAACAUCAAAACGAUCCGGGAGAAGUACACGCUCGAGAAAUUCCACGAGGUGGCCAAGGUGCCGCUGCUAACGGACCUGCAGCUCCUUCAAUAGACUCAACGUUUGGCCGAUGUUCCUCACCAGUUGUAUUCGUUCCGUAACAUAAUAUCAAUAUCUAAACAGGAUGAGUGAAAUUAUCGCUAGCAUAUCCACAUCCCCAACCAAACGAAACGAUUCAUGUUCUAACAUGCACGCCAUUGAACAAACUUAACUCUUUAAUCAUAUGUAGAUAUGGCAAGCUUUGUAUCACUAUGAUUUUUAUAAUACCCUAUGUUAUUUGCAACUGCAGCGGAAAAGCAUUCUUAUGGAAUAGCAUUCUUGGAAUAUGGAGUACCUCAGUAUUAUUGGCAUAAAAAUGACAUUUUAGAAAAAUCUAUAUUUAUAUACAUGAGUUUAUAUUUUAAACAUUAAAUUAAAUUCAAUAGUCUAAA